GAGCCUGGCAGGCGGUGUAUGGUUGGUUGGUUUGUGGUUGUGUUGUAAGUCUCGUUCGCUCGCUUGUCAAUAUCACGCAAAACGAAUGCAUUAAUGCUAAGAGAUGGGAAUCUUGCAGUCAUGCUUCCACGACGAACUGCUGUAGCGCUUCUCGCCCUAUGUGGAUUAAUAGCGGUCGGCGAUGCUCUCAAGUGUAAUUGCACGGCAUGUGAGAACACUGGAUAUGUGUGCGAGACUGAUGGGGCCUGCAUGACCUCUACGUCCCACAUCAAUGGUCAGGAGGAGCAGCAAGUACGGAUCUGCCUCCCUCGGGUCAGCCUGGUUCCCCCUGGACAGCCCGUCUACUGCCUGAGUGCCAAAGGCCUGCUCAACAUUCACUGCUGCUAUACAGACUUCUGCAACAGCAUCAACCUCCAGAUUCCCAACGGGAUUCCUGAAGGUAAAGGGGGAAGUUGGGGUCCAGUAGAGCUGGUGGCAGUGAUAGCAGGCCCAGUCUUCCUCUUUUGCUUGCUGCUUAUCGUUGGAGUGCUCGUUUUCCAGUACCACCAACGGAACUAUAACCACCGGCAGCGACUCGACGUUGAGGAUCCGUCAUGUGAUCAUCUGUACUUGGCCAAAGACAAGACCUUACAGGAUCUCAUCUUCGAUCUGUCCACCUCGGGUUCAGGAUCUGGUCUGCCCUUGUUUGUUCAGAGGACAGUGGCCAGGACAAUUGUAUUGCAGGAGAUCAUAGGUAAAGGUCGCUUUGGGGAAGUAUGGAGGGGGAGAUGGAGAGGAGGGGAUGUGGCUGUGAAGAUCUUCUCAUCCAGAGAGGAGCGCUCUUGGUUCCGCGAGGCUGAGAUUUAUCAGACCAUCAUGCUCCGCCAUGAGAACAUCUUAGGCUUCAUCGCCGCUGAUAAUAAAGACAAUGGCACAUGGACACAGUUGUGGCUGGUGUCAGACUACCAUGAACAUGGCUCAUUAUUUGACUAUCUCAACCACUACUCCGUCACUAUCGAGGGGAUGAUUAAGUUGUCACUCUCAGCAGCCAGUGGCUUGGCACAUCUGCACAUGGAGAUCUUGGGAACGCAGGGGAAACCAGGCAUUGCACAUCGUGACCUGAAAUCUAAAAACAUCCUGGUGAAAAAGAAUGGUACUUGUGCCAUAGCAGAUCUGGGGCUCGCUGUACGGCACGAGUCCAUCACUGAUACUAUAGACAUCGCCCCCAAUCAGAGGGUUGGCACUAAAAGAUAUAUGGCCCCAGAGGUAUUAGAUGAAACGAUCAACAUGAAGCAUUUUGAUUCUUUCAAGUGUGCUGAUAUCUACGCUUUGGGACUGGUAUACUGGGAAAUUGCGCGACGGUGUAAUGCUGGAGGCAUCCAUGAAGAUUACCAGCUUCCCUACUAUGAUCUGGUGCCCUCUGAUCCCUCCAUAGAAGAGAUGAGGAAGGUGGUUUGUGACCAGAGACUACGGCCCAAUGUGCCCAACUGGUGGCAGAGCUACGAGGCGCUGAGAGUGAUGGGAAAGAUCAUGCGGGAGUGUUGGUAUGCAAACGGAGCGGCACGGCUUACGGCUCUGCGGAUAAAGAAGACUCUCUCGCAACUCAGCGUCCAAGAAGACGUUAAGAUCUGAAACGCAUGGGACACUGCAGAUCCCCGCAGAGACGAACAAGCGAAUAAAGACUUACGCCAAAAGCAGUCUGCCAGUUUUAGCCCUUUUUUGAACCUUCUAAAGUUGUGACGAGGCCUACCUCACCAUCUAAGACGAAACUACUGAGUCUGAGUACAUCCCAGCCCUUUUCCAUUUUCCAACGUUCCCAAUCAUGGAUGAGCCUCGAACUGCUGAUAUCAGCGCAACCUCUGUCCAUGGACCUACGGUUGUUGAUUUUUUUUUUAGGUUUUUUUUUUUGGCAGGAAUGACAAUUGAACUGUGACAGGCAUUUUAAUUUUAUCAUUUGUUUUUUUUUCACCACUUUUGUCCAAAAUGGACUUCUUGAAAGAAUGUGUUUAGAUGUGAUUUGUUCAACCUCAUUCACUAAUACACCAUAUGUCAUAUUUCAGCGUCAGUCUACAAUUAUAUAUAGUGCUCUACUGCUGUUGUGAGAAUGUGAAAAAAAAAACGUGGAUAACACUGUCUCCUCCUGUUAUGACUAGCAAUUCAUGUACAAAGCUAAGUGUAGCAAAACGGACACACUGCGACCGUGUGACCAAGUGGGAUUGCAGUUUUUUGUUCCUGUGGAAGAAAUGAAGGAGUGCAGAUCAUUUACUCAUGUAAAAAUCAGCCUAUUUAUCUUUCUUCAGGCUGCGUUUGUUAAACGUCAGAACCAUCAAUGUGGUUUUGGGUUCAUUUGCUUUUAAAUUUUCACAGGGAGAGUGUGUGUAUGUUUUUAGGUUUUAUUUAACUGGGUUCAUAAAAUCAGUGUUGUGAUUGCUGAAUGCAUUGAAUGAUUGCACAUGUUUUGUAUUGUUAUCCGACCGCAUUUUGAGAAAUUGAGCGAUUUUUGUCAUAAGGAAAGCCAUUACCACUUGUAUGUUAAAAUCCAACUGUUAUUUCAACGGGAUCGUUUAGUAUGUUGUAUUCCUAUUAUUCUGGGAUGUUGGCAUGUUAAAUUGCACUGUUGUUAUUUGUUUGCAGUCCGUGUUCUUUUGGGGAUUUAGUAGUUGGUACCACUUCAGAAAACAGUAACACACAUGUAAAAUAAUGCAUCUCUAUUUGCCUGCAUUAUAACAUUUAUAUUGCUCUGCUUUGCCUUGAAUUGAAGAGUUGUCAUUCAGUUUAAUUUAAAGUACAACUAAACAUUUCCUUCUCAUAUUUACAGUUAGGGUUUGCCAAGACCAAAUAUUGAACAUGGUGACAUUGUAUCACUAGGACAUCCCUAGAAAGCCAACUUCACUACUUCUUCCAUAUUUUAUUAACUUGCACCAAUGUCUUGAUCACAGUCAAAAACCUGCAGAUGUUCUGAAUGGUUAACUGGAAUCCAUGGGAUAUGUAUGACAGUAGGUGCGAAAAAUGAUUAGAUUAGCUUUGGCAUUAAUGGUCUGAAAUGCUUUUAGAAUGGCUGGAUGAGAACAAGGGUCCUGUAUUAUGUGUAACAUUGGAAAUCUAUUGCAGGCUCUAUUACAGUCCAUUUCUGUUUGACUUAUGCAUUUUUUACUUUCAAGGUCAUAUUAUAUGAAUCAGCUCUGUGUAGCUGGAAUAUGUUUGACAGGAGCAUGAUUCAGUUGAGUUGGGUGGCAUUGAGAAUGUCUAAAAUAAAAUUAUGACUGAAUUUUGUUAUA